ACACACACACACACACACACACACACACACACACACACUGCAGCACACUCCUCUCUCUCUCUUUCUCUCUGUCAGCUCUCACCCCGCCUUCCAGCGAGCAGCAAACACUUGAUCGUGCGUUUGUCGGGGUCGAGGGGGCUUUUGUGCGGCAUUCAGCUCGAGGAAGGAACAUGCAGCAUCCCGGAGGAACAUGCGUGGCGUUACCCAACGUGGAUGCGUGCCCUCAGUUGUCCUGCGCGGCUCUCACCUUUAUGUAUUUGCAGCAGGGUAACCAGGACACACCCACACUCCCGGACCCAUCCAUGGCCCAGACUUACACAUCAGCCCAAUUUGCUCCCCUCCCCCAAAAUGGCAUCCCCACCGAGUUUACGACUUCGCACCCUCACGCACAUCCACAUUCCCAUCAGCACCCAGCACCUCAAGACUACUCCGGGGUCCAGGCCUCCAUCAGCGAGCAUCCACUCAACAUGUACCAGUCCUCGCAGAGCCACGGCGAUCAGAAUGGAUCUGACUCCGGCUGCCAGAGAGUCACCGGCACUGCCACACAGACGGAUGAUACCUCUCAGACAGACAGCCAUCCACCAACACAGACUGUACCUGAGAACACAGACAGCAAAGCCCAACCCAAAAGACUUCAUGUGUCCAACAUCCCCUUCAGAUUCAGAGACCCGGACCUCAGGCAAAUGUUUGGCCAAUUUGGCAAAGUCUUAGACGUGGAAAUCAUCUUCAACGAGCGUGGCUCUAAGGGUUUCGGAUUCGUAACAUUCGAGCAUAAUAUGGAUGCCGACAGGGCCAGAGAGAAAUUGCAUGGCACCGUGGUCGAAGGCCGAAAAAUAGAGGUCAACAAUGCAACAGCCCGAGUAAUGACAAAUAAGAAGGCUGUCAACCCAUAUGCAAAUGGCUGGAAGUUAAAUCCAGUGGUCAGUGCGGUCUACAGCCCAGAAUUCUAUGCAGUACCAGGUUUUCCCUACCCAGCAGCCAGUGCAGCAGCAGCAGCGGCAGCGGCGUACAGAGGAACCCACCUACGCGGUCGAGGACGAACAGUCUACAACACGUUCAGAGCGGCCGCUCCGCCUCCUCAUAUUCCGUCUUAUGGAGGUGUUGUUUACCAGGAUGGAUUUUAUGGUGCAGAUAUUUAUGGUGGUUACGCUGCCUACAGAUUUGCCCAGCCUGCUGCUGCCGCAGCAUCUGCAUACAGUGACAGUUAUGGACGAGUAUAUGCUGCAGAUCCCUACAACCACGCACUCACUCCAGCAGCCGCAUACAGCAUUGGUGCCAUGAAUACAUUCGCCCCGCUGUCAGAUGCCAAAACCCGGAGCCACGUUGACGAUGUGGGGCUUGUGCUGUCCUCUCUCCAGGGAAAACCCCUCAAAUGCACCUCACAAAAGGCAGCCAUGAAAAGUAUCGGUGCGGUUUACCUCAGCUCUGUGUGCUGAGUGAGGAUGUUUGUUGAGAAACAGGACGAUGAAGGUGUUCACUAUGCUGAAUGUCUGACUCUGCAUCUACUUUAUCCAAGUGCUGCUUCCAGUAGGUGUUGUGGUUCAAAACAAGGCUUCCUGCACCGUCAUUGUAUGUGCAUGUACUACGGUUCUUCCACUUAUCAAUAACCAUCAAUAAAGUUUGGUUUUCUCAA